AUGGCGUCUCCGUUGGCCAAGAUUGGAAUCCUGUCGAUCGGUGACAUGGGCAUGGGUAUUGCCAAGCUUCUCAUAGCUCAUGGUUUCUCAGUAGCAACCUGCGGCCGAGGUCGAAGCAACGACACCAUCGAGCGCGCCAAGAGCGCCCAGGUCGACGUCCUCGCCUCCGACGUGGAGCUGACAGACGCCUGCUCCGUGAUCCUCUCGGUGGUGCCGCCGCGCGACGCGACCGCCACCGCAGAGCGCAUCAUCGACGCCCUCGUCGGUACCACGGCGAGAGAUCCUCCCUUGUACUUUGCUGACCUCAAUGCCGUGGCGCCAUCGACGGCUCGCUCCAUUGCCGCGCUGAUUGAAAAGUCUCGUGCCCCUGUCCGCUUUGUGGACGGAGGCAUUAUUGGCGCGCCGCCUUCGAUCAAGAAGGAGGAGGCGGCAGCGAACUCCGAGGCAGCAGCGCCCCAGUGGAACAAGGCGAGUAUCCCAAUGUCGGGCCCGCACAAGCUGUCCGAUAUCCCCGGGUACGGCCAGGACCUGGUAUCGGCGCUCAACGCGCGGCACAUUUCGGACGACAUUGGGGCAGCGAGCGGGCUCAAGAUGUGCUUUGCCAGCAUGACCAAGGGGUUCACAUCAAUUGCGAUCCAGUCGUUUACGACGGCGGCCCGGCUGGGGGUGCUGGACGAGCUGCGGGGCGAGAUGGCGCCGGCCACGCUCCAGCGGGCCGAAAAGGGCGUCGUCGGCAUGGCGCCCAAGGCCUACCGCUGGGUGCGCGAGAUGGAGGAGAUUGCUCUCACCUUUGAAGAGGACGGCGGCUUUGCCCAGGACUCGUUCCGGGGCGCCGCCAAGGUCUACAAGGCCGUCGCCGAGGACUCGGAGCUCGGCCAGGAAAAGAUUGGUAAGCGCAAGAGGGGAACCACGGUCGAGGAUAUGGCUGCGGCCAUGAUUGAAGGCAUGGACAAGCGCAAGAAGAAGAACGUCUAG